GGAAAAAAAAAUAAAAAAAAAUCAGCUGUUGCCUGUUUGUGUGUGAAGCUCACGCACCUUCUCCGCCGCCAUGGCCGCCGCUCGCUGUCUCCUGCUCCGAGCUUCGCCGCCAGCGCCGACCCCGCGGGAGAUUUCGAAGGCCUCCUCCUCCUCCUCCUCCUCCGCGGCUGCCUCGCUCCCUCUCCGCUCCGCCGUUCCCCCGAGCUCCAGCCGCCGUGUCCGGCCGCUCCGGUGCUCCUCUUCGUCGUCGUCGUCCUCCUCCUCGUCGCAAGGCUCUGCGUCGCCGGAUAUCGCCCUUCUCCUUGAAGUGGAAGGAGUUCUUGCAGAUGUCUAUCGCUUUGCCAAUCGCCAAGCUUUCAAUGUAGCAUUUCAAAACCUUGGGCUGGAUUGUGCAAAUUGGACAGAGCCAAUAUAUGCUGAUUUAGUGAGGAAAGCUAGUGGUGACGAGGAAAGGAUGCUGUUAUUAUUCUUCAACAGGAUCGGGUGGCCUACAUCAUUGCCAACUAAUGAGAAAGAAUCAUUUAUAAAAAGUGUUCUUCGUGAAAAGCUCAAAGCUUUGGAAGUGUUCUCAGCUUCUGAUAGCUUACCGCUGCGACCUGGAGUUGAAAAGUUCAUUGAUGAUGCACUUAACGAGGGUGUGCCUGUGGCCAUAUUGACAACAUAUGGGAGAAAUGGAGAGAAAACUUCAAGAUCUAUCAUUGAAAAACUAGGCCAAGAGAGAACAUCAAAAUUACAUAUUAUUGGGCAAGAAGAUGUUGAAAGAAGCUUAUAUGGGCAACUUGUUCUUGGUGAAGGAAUUGCGUCCAGUCUGGAUGAACAGCUAGUUAGGGAAGCACAAAAGGCUGCUUCUGCAGAGAAGCAGAGGAUAGCAGAGGAGGUUGCAUCCAUUCUAAAACUUAGUGUUGACAUCAAUGCAGCGUCUGAAAGCUCCGAGAAGAUUAUAAUCACUCUGCGUGCUGGGUCUGAGUAUGUUGGACGCGACGUUCAAAACUGCAUUCUUGUCGCAGGUAGCCAAUCUGGCGUUCUUGCAGCUGAGCGCAUUGGUAUGCCAUGCAUAGUUGUUCGAAGCAGCUUAACCGCCAGAGCUGAAUUCCACUCUGCGAAGGCCGUCAUGGAUGGAUUCGGUGGCACUGACUUGACCAUUUCGAAACUGUUGAGCAAGAAGUGGUCUUGACAACUUAACAGUACAUUGGAGUUGUCUGGUACAUUGGUACUGGUGUGAAUUUGUAUGUAACCUAUGAACUGGGUUUUUUACAACCAAAAUGAGGUUUUUAUGUUGUACGUUGCUGAAAGAAAACUAUGAGAAACACAACAGGCAUCGUUUUUUUUU